AUGGCACUGGUGGACGAAACUUCCAACCGCGGCAAACCUGUGCUUGACAAAUCGUCGAAGAUUGAGGCACGGCUAUCUCGCAUAAUCGUCGACCAUGUCAUGGCGAACCCGGAGGGUCAAACGCCAGGUAUCGACUCGGUGGAAGUGGUUCGCGGUUGCCGGGUAAUCAAAUGUGAUGACCAGUACUCAUUGCAUUUCCUGAUAAACGCUAUUGGCGAAAUUCAGAGCAGCUGGGAGGGCUUGAGGCUGAAGCUCAUUCCAGCCAGCGAGAUACCACCAGGGCCGAGGGCUCGCAUCUGGAUACCAAACAUGGAGUUUGAAGCCAAUCAGUUAAUUCCCUAUCUCUAG